AUGGGCGAAGAAUUUACGAUCUGUCGUGCAGAUGAGUCACACAUUACCAAAACACUUAGCUUGAUAGACCAAUGUGCACUUGAUGCAUUUGGGAAGAUCAAUUUGCUCAAUAUCUUUGAACGAGCUCUAAUAUCUUUAGCGGUGUUAAAUAAAAGCGAAGAAGUCAUUGGGUGCGCAUGCUUCUCUGACGCACCAAGCCAAAAAUAUUGUGAACCUGAGAACUGGCGACCGUGGUUCGAAGGAGCUGUUGGAUUGCCUGAUGUUUCGUCGAAAAAUUCCGUUUUCGUACAAUUCAUUACGGUUAAAGUGAAGCACGCAGAAGUCCCACUGAAAGAAUUAUGCAAGACAGUGUUCACCGAAUUAAUAGAAAUCCAAAACAUCUUCAUGGUAACCGAAUCAACGUCAAAAUAUGGUAAGAUGUUUGUUUUAUUUUUCAGUUCAUUUAUCACAGUCCUUUCGGAAACAAAACCAUUCAGAAUAUGUGCAGAAAGUAAAAAUUUGGGAAAUGUCACUGUAUCAGUUGCACACAGACAUGAGGUCUUCCCGGUAUUGUUCUCCAGAAUGGCAAUCGUAGAGGAUAAUGAUGACAUCGUCCCGCUUUUUAACAGUCAAACUGACACGCUGCGUAAAACAUAUGGAAACUACUACAUCGCGGAGCUCGUUGAAGCUCAAAGUGAAGAGCUUAAGUGUAUCGUUGUAGAGUGUGAAAGAAGGGCCGUAGGGUUCGUAAGUGGAACGAGAAGAGUGGAUUUCAAUUCACUGAAUGAGCAGUACGACUUAAGCAUUCUCCAUGGUCUUAAAAAGCCACACAAAGACGAUAUCCUGAACCAAGAUGAUGCUCCAAAACAAGAAAACCCCCAUGAUCAUAUAAAAGAAAGUUACAUUUCGAAGGAAGAGCAGAUAGAACUGCAAGACCCAAUAACGCGGUGUGAAACAAAAUCCAUCGGCGAAGAGACACCAGAAACUUGGAUAUGUCGGUCGUUUCUAGGGGAAUCAACUCGCUGUUCGGAGUUUAUUCCGACGUACGCUGGCGCACCAAAUGCCUUUGCAAUACAGCUCUAUGCGUUUAAGCCGGGAUUUGAAUCAAGGUUCGUGGAUAUGCUGCCGUUGCUGUUUGAUCAGUUCCCAGGAUUGGACUACGCAAUUAUUGGUGUGCCCCGUCCCACGCCGACAUUUUCCAUGUUGCGAUACUUUGCGCGCUGUCGAGUGCGGAAGGGACACGAUCCGGCAGAUGAGCUUUACGUAUUUCAUAGAUCUGGGUUGUUGAGCGAUUUUGUUGUAAGGCGGACGAAACAUGAGGACAAAGAACAGAUCGAACGGCUGAUUUGUCGAAUGGAUGUCGAAGAUCAGAAGCUAUUGCUUGGUGAUCUGAGCGCUUACAUAAGCCAUGGACGUGACACGGAUGGCGCGGUCAUCACAAGUUUCGUCGCAGUGAGUAUGGGUCGUGUGGUCGGUGUCAUUAUUCUCAGAGAUGAAAGAGAAAUCGAAUGGAUAAGAGCACACUAUGAUAUUGAGGAAUUUAUUCACUACGGGCACCAUGCUCGUAACGAGCAUGCCACAGUGUAUCAUUUUGCACUAGCUGCGAACUACCACUGCCGACGUACAUUGUUUCUUCGCGAGGUGCUGAGGCUCGCAAACAAAACGUGUAUUUAUUAUCGGAUCUUGCCACCAUAUGCAAAGGAUGCGAAGUACACAAAGUCAACUUUGGUUACUUGCUUAAGUGACCUGGUCUUGGUACGACCCCGUCGGCAAAUCCUUUAUCCUCCAAAAGAAAUCCUGGGAGAAAAGGCACCAGAGGAACGAGUUAUGCAUCAAGUAGAUGAUCCUCCAGCGUUAAUGAUGAGCACGGUAAAACUGUUAAGCAAACCAAGGCAUGAUAUCAAUGCACGCAUCAUUGUUGUAGGGGCGUCUACAACUGGACUGGCCGUCUUGGCAACCUUGGCUACAUGUUCUCACCUCCGUUUUAACAAUCUCGUUCUGCUGUCUACCAACGGUCUUCCUGGGGAUGCGCUUGAGAAGCCCGAUCCACUGUUAUUUCGUUUUCUGCAUACUGAUCACUGUUAUCCAACUGAAGUUCUUGGGCAGUAUGGAUUGCGACACUGCGUACAUGUUAUUCGUGGAAAGCUGACCGGCAUAGAUAGAAAAUUCAAAUUCAUCACUAUUGACCACAAACAACGUCUAAGUUUCGACCAUGUGGUGAUAACAACCGGAUUACAGUACCAUAUUUGCUCUCCGGGGACGGAUGACAAGAUAAAAGAGCCCAUUCCCUACGAAACUCCCUUCAGAAGAACCCGUCGAUUCUCGCUCAACUACCCGACGGCUUUAAGACCAAAAAACCUGUUUCUGAUCAACGAUUGGGUGGAUGCCUCCAACGUGGUGGAUUGGGUCCGCACAAAAUACCUAACCAACCUGAGUACGGAUGAACUCAAUGUGCCUGAAUGGAAAAAGAAAAGAGUAGAAUACUUAAAGCCCACUUAUUCCGAUAAUGAGGACAGCCUGAGAGCCAGUACAGAAGACCUGGAGGAAUGCUUAAAUGAAGAGAACAAAAUUAUUGUUUACGGAUACAAUCUGGACUGUUAUACUUGUGUUGAAGCUUUAUUGGAGUGUGGUGUACCCGGCGGACUUAUCCUGAUGGUGCAGCCUCCAAGGCUCGAGGGCGAAAAACUGCCUUUUGAAGACAGAAAGGUGUCGUCCGCGGUCGAAAUGGAACUUGGCAGGGCGGAAGUUCGUGUGCUUCGUGGCUGCACUCUCCUUGAAUGGGAUAAAAAUGACCCUCCUGAUAUAGAAGAACUCAGUGAAGUGACCUUUGUCUCGAACAAGGAGACUUUGACUAUAAAGUGCAAAGCGCUGUUUUGCUUCUAUGAGAAAACUGUGGACUAUGAUUUAUUCAUGGCGGUGAACAAUGCAUGCUUCGUUUUUGAUGCACGACUGGCUGUAGACAUAAACUUCUACACAAACGACCGCGCAGUCCGAGCAGCUGGUCCAGUAACAAAACUACAGCGAAUUUACUACAAUGAUCAGUGGCGUCAUGAACUGGCGAAUAGUCAGGAGGUUGGAAGAUUGCUUGGUCAAGAAUUAUUGAAUCUAUUCAAUCCAGCUGUGGCUACCCCUGAAAAGCCACAGAAAGAUGAUAACCGUUUACUACCUCGGUUCGACGAACCCAAGGUUGUUGGAGGCAGGCUUCCCGGAGGCUUUAAUUACCUCUACAUCAAUGCACCAACACCGAAUGAUUUGUCUACAGAACUUUCUGAAGAUCACGCUGGUGGAUGUCUCAUUACCACAGGAACCGCCGAAGAGGGAAACGGGUACUUCAGUCUCCAUAUUAACAAAUUUGGCACCGUGCAAACAAUCACAUGCCUGUCCAAGAAAGAAAUUCCAACUAGCAACUACAUUCAACUGUACAGUGUGCACGCGAAACUCUUGAACAAAUUAGUCAACCGUUAUCAAGAAGGUCUGAUCACGGAUCUCUACGAUUUCUUGAAUGAUGUUUGGCCACUGGUCAUCUAUCAUGAUCGUUUUCCUGAAGCCGAAGCAGAAGCACACGAUAUGCUCUAUGAACCAUCUCAGCGUGACGAGACAUGCCUUGGAAGUCUGGUUAGAAAAAUGCUCGCAGAUAAUGGGGAGAUUACACCAGAAGACAUGAAAAAGUUGAAAGCCAUCUAUUUGGAUGAGGGCUACAAGCAGCGGGUUGAACGCCAUCUCCUGAGUUUCAUCAAUAAUAACUAUAAUACGCUACCGAUGUACGCCAAGCCAGACUUAGUCUAAAGAUAUACAUUUGAUGGCUAAGUCAGGCAAGAGGGAACGUUGAAUACAGUGUUUGAAUAGUUCAUAAAGUCAUGAAACAAUGAGACAGAACUUCAAAAACC